AUGUCCUUUGCCGAAAAAAGACUUUACGAUAGAAAUGGUAAUGAGAGCUCGACGGAAAGCAACGAUGAAGAAAAUUUUGUGGAUUUUUCCUGCAGCAUUGAAAGUAGAAUGAAAAUGAGAAUUCAUUUCCUAUCACCAUUUGUCAGACUGAGACAUGAUGGAAUGUGUCAAUUUGAUUUUGUAAAAUGCUUUGAUAGAGAAAAAAGGCAUAAUAUUGACAUAAAUCCUCAUUUAAAUUCUCUGAGCAGUCCAUCAAAUCAGUCGGAAAAGGGCGGUCGAAUUUUCUUUUUCACUUUACUCUUAGCUUUAUUAAGUUGCUUGGCUUUCUGCCUAGCUUUCAAUUUUUUUCCAUUCGCUUUUCGUGAACUUUUAAAAAAUAUUUUUCUUUCAAAUGUUCAUGAACAAAAUGCCGAGUCGAAGUAUGUACAUAAAUUUCCUACAAAUUAUCUGGAAAUAGGUAUUGGUUUAGCUCUUUUUUAUUUUAUUUCACUUCCUAAGGGGCGUUCCUAUUAUGAGAUAUGUCAAAUAUUAGAAAUGGAAAGAAUGAGUUUACCACAAUCGAAUACGAAUCGAUAUUUUGAAGCACUAAGUAAUCAAUCAAAUUGA